UUUUAUGAAAGCUUCUCAGCCUGUCAUUGAUACAAGCAAACAAUAUUUGCUGUCAUUUUUGACAAGGCCAGUUUAACAAGAAAAGUCAAUGGCUCAGGGAAAACAAUCGGACAGAAAGAUGCCAUUAAAGCAGCCUUGAGCUUAUUAAUGAUAUCCAAACAGGCCCAAACUGACAAGACAUGACAUUUACCAAUAGACAAUGUUUUGAAGAAGCUAUUAAAAAUUCUGAAUGAUAGCUUAGCAAAUACUAAGAAGGUCUUUAUAAGAAUUGCCAUUGGUUUAAAGUCGCACACUGAUCAUGGAUGUUACUGGGAGUUGUUUUUUCAUGAUUACAGCAAUGAGUUUAAUGAUAGUCAAAGGUCAAAUUAUUCCACACAUGGAAGAACCUGUUUCUGUCGCUUUAGACCAGCUUGUGUACGAGGUGACGUCUCAAUACAUGGAUGGUGUGAACUGUCUGGUUUGGGUAACAAACCGAGGAAGUCCGUAUGAAUGGAAUCCGUCGAUGUUCUCACCCCAUGUCAUCGUAGCUUCAGCAGAUUCUGUCCAGGAAAUACUAAAAUAUUCAUUUGAUUACAACUGUCAAGGGUAUAUUGUGCAGACAUCAAGCCCAGAGGAAUUUUUAAACAAGUGGGAAUUGACGCAGUCGAACCAUUUGAGAAGGCACAACCCUAAAAUGCUGUUCCUGCCCUGGGACGAUAGAGCUUACUCGGAUGUCCUGUUCAAUUCUGAAGUCGCCAAUUUUUUGUCAGACUUGCUGGCCAUUCAAGUCCUAGAGAAUGGACCUACUCCAGAUGACAUUAUAUUUGAAAUAGUUACCAAUAAUUUCUACGAGGCAAUAGACACCCCCGAUCACGAGGCUAGUAUUGUUUUAGGCGUAUGGCCAUUGAAUUUAACGUCUAAUUGGUUCCCUGAUAAGAUUUCAGACUUGAAAGGAAAAACUAUCAAAUAUGCCACACUACAAUAUCCACCUUAUGCCCAGUUAACGCCGGAAUUCGAUGGGAUGGACGUGAGGCUCGCUCAGACUUUUUGCGAGCAUUAUAACUGUUCUCUGAUUCCAGUUUCUGACGACAACCUUUGGGGCGAGCUAUGGGAAAACAAAUCAGGCAAUGGUAUUGUUGGAAAUGUUUAUAUGGGAAAGGCUGACAUAGGUGGUGGAGCGGUGUAUUUGUGGUACAAUGAAUAUAAGAAUUUGGAUUUCUCUUAUCCCUAUCUUGAAUCGAGGGUGACCGUCCUAGUGCCGAAACCAAGACAGUUGCCCGAAUGGAGUAUUCCUAUAAUCGCAUUCUCUCCGGCUAUGUGGGGAGUGCAGUUUGCCAGCAUUGCAAUAACCGCAGUUUUAUUGUUUACCGUCAAUAAAAAUGCUGAAAAAAUAGCUCCGGGUAUUGAAGAAAGGCGUAAAGGGGAAUUUGCAACAUUCAGCGGAAUUGUGAUGAGAUCGUUCGGUAUGGCUCUUCUCCAGCCUCCGGGCAUGAGACUUAUAUCAGGUUCUGUACUGCAAAGAUUCUUUACACUUUUUGAAAUUCUCUUUCUGUUGUUUACGACAAUAUACUCUGGAGCGCUUUCUUCAGUCCUAACAGUUCCGGUUUACUACCCACCCAUCGAUUCGCCGAGAGCAUUAUACAAAUCAGGAAUUACUUGGAUGGCCGAUCAUGACGCAUGGGUCUAUUCUUUACAACAAGCAACACAGCCCUAUCUUCAAGGAUUGGUCAAGCAAUUCGAAGCUCAUGAAACUAAUAAUUUAAUCGCUUAUUCUAAAAAAGGUGGAUACGGUUUUGCCAUAGAAAUAAUGGCGGCUGGCCAUGUGACACACACAGCCCAUCUCAGCGGCGAAAUGAUUUUAGGACUACACGUUAUGAAGAAAGAACUGUAUACGAGCCCAUCUGUCACAAUCUUCAGAAAAGGAUCUCCGUAUGCCGAGAAGUUUAAUUGGUUAGUACACCGAUGCUUAGACGCUGGCCUUUUUCUAACGUGGGAAACACAUUCCACUAUCAAGUAUCUCUCUUCACGUUUACAGACUGCGCUUAAAUUGUCAGAGUCGUCUGGGCACGAACUCGACCACCCAGUAAAACUCAAACUCAUUCACGUUCAGGGAGCGUUCAUCUUACUCUGUUUCGGAUCAUCAGCUGCUAUUAUUAUCUUCCUUAUUGAAAUUUAUUACCAUAAACUGGUAAAAAAGUAAAUUAUUCUUUUAUUAAUUCAAACAGUUUUGUUCUCUGUCUAAACUCAAGCAAUUGUAAUUAUUUGCAAUAACACAAAAUUCACUUAGGUAACAGAAGUUUAUAUUGUUUAAGCAAGAAUAAAAAUAUCAAUGGUCAUAUUAACAAUCUACUUUAUUAUCUAAAUAUUUACAUUUUUAAUUUAUGCAACAUUUUUGAACAUAAUUUUGUAAAAUAUAAUUAGGAGGAAACAUGUUAUAAAAAAAAUGUACAUUGUGAACAAAAUUAUACCUAAUCAUUUCUAAUCACAAACUAAUGAUGGAACACAAUUAAAAACCCUCGAUGUCAUUAAUUUUAUAUUUAUUCAUUUGAGUUUAUCAAUACAAAAGAAAAACAACCUUUGUUUUAUAACAGAAUGCAUCACAAGCCAAUUCUUCAAUUACUUAUUCAGCAGUCUUAUUAUUGUGACUUCCAAAUGUCUGACUUUAAACGAGAAUAAUCAAAAUGCCAAACAAAGAUUGUUAUAAAUUCAUCAGCAUCCUCCGAUACAAAAAAGAAUACUGCCAGCAUUAAAAAAAGAAAAACGAAACAUUUUAAAUGUUUACUUUAUACUUCGGACAACCUACAGUAAUUGUAGAUAAUUAGUAGUAAAAAACGUUUUAUUAUUAACGUCAUCCGCUUUGUUUUUUUUUUUUUCAUAACUACUAAACAUUUGAUUUAGAAUUAUAAACUGAAACCAAAUCACACUAUCAUAAUUUACAAGAUAUAUACAUACUGCAUAUACACGGCGCUUAAUGUUAAACAAUAAAAUAAAUAUUCAUUUAAGUAUAGGUACAAAUUAUUGUUACUAAAGGAACACAAAGACUUAUUUUAACAAAUUCGAUGUAGCACACUGGACGGCCUCAAAAAAGUAAAACAAUGACUUUCUAAAAUACAAUUCCCAGAGACUCAAUAUUUACACUUUUCGGAAACUAUAUUUAAUCCUUGGUUAAUUAAUAAAAAAAAGAAAAUAAUACACUUUUUAUGUAUCUAUGAGGUAGAUAAUAAUUAUUAACAAUUAUUACUGUGGAAUUUAAAUUCCAUUUUUUUUUUUUCCUAAAGCCCCUAAUUUUUAAUAACUGGUUACAUUUUUAACAAUAACCAUAAAAGUCCUUGCAGUGGAUGCACUGUCCACAAAAAA